AUGGCAAGCCCCUUUUUCGCGAUGAUUGCCUGGAGAUUAUACUCCGCACUCACUCACGCUGUCAUUGCCUCCCGCACUGGGUGGGCACGCGGUGCUGCUGCCCCACGCGCUGCAGUGCGGCACGAAGCAGUGGGGCGAGCUGGGGAGGAGCGUCAGCCAGUGCUCUGCCAUGAUGUAAAGCACCACCAGCAGCAGCAGCGCUCGGAGGGCGUGGGAGCAGCAGCCCUGGCGUUCGGAGGGCUGUCGUAUGAGGAGUGCGUGACGGCGUUCCUCGCCCCCCACGCUCGCUGCUGCCUCCCACCCGCCCCGCCCAACCUCUCAUCCCUCGCCACCCUUCCUCCUGCUUCCCAGGCUCCUCCUGCUGUUUCCCAAGGCGCCACCUUCUCUGCUGUGGCUGAUUGUACCUACGAGUUUCCCUUCGCCCAGGAUGCUUUUCCCGUUGCUGCUUCCUCCAACACCGCUGCUCUGUGUCGGGCAGUGAAGCGACCAAGAGAAGAUUGCCCCGAGGUGGGGGCACAAAAACCGCUGCUGGGACGCGACAGCCAGUUGCUGCAAGGUGGGGUGGUGCAAGGCGGGACGGUGCGAGGAGGGAUGGUGCAAGGUGGAAUGGUGUGUGGCACGGAAAGCCGGCAUCAGUCGGUGGCAGAGCAGUUCCAGCAUCAAGGGGCGAGCAGGCGCGAGCAGCCUUCCAAGCAGUUCCAGCAGCAGGGGGCGAGCAGGCACGUGCAGAUCGAGGAAGCAGCCCUUCUAGAUGCUCUGCUGGAAGAGGAGCAUCGCAAGCUGGAGUGGGAGAGCGCCCUCCCAAAUGAUGUGCUGCUGGGGGUCAGCAGUCUCGAUGCUGUGGGUUUCAGCAGCCUCGAUGCGGUGGGGUUCACCACACCGUGUGCACCAGAACCAGCGCCGCUGCCCACCCCACUCGCUGCUGCACUGGCUACUUCCGUUCCUGUGCGGAUGGGCAGCAGCACUGGAGGGACGCUCGUUGUGAGUAGUUGCACCCAACCAGAGCUGGACACGUGCAGCGUGGCGCAUGAUGAUGUUGCUCUUUCUUCCGACAUGCCCGUGGAUCCCCUGUUGCUGUCUGGACACGCUCCCACCGUCCCCCUAUUACCACACGGGCAGCUCGUCCGUGUGCCCUGGGCGAGUAGGUCCCAGGGACGGCUGCUGGCAGGCACAGGUGGUGGUGGGGCAGGUCUGGAAGAGUGGGCGUUGGAGCAGGGGGGGAGCACGGAGGGAGGGGCUUGCACACGCACGCUCCCAUUCAGCCCUGCCAUGCCAAGCUGCCCUUGGCCGCCUGUGCUUUACCAGCUCUCAAGAUCCUGGCGUUACCUCGGCUUGGCAUGGCCAAUGCUCUGGAAGGUGGUGGAGCUGCACUACAUGCCACAGUAG